CAGCACACACACCCCACCUUCCAUGCGCUCCGCAACCUGGACCAAGAGAUGAGCUUGUGCUACUCUCACCCAGGGUGCCCUCCCUUGCCGGCCCCAGUGGAAGGUAGGCAUGCACAGCCAGUGCUUUGGGACUCCUUACCCUCAGAGGUGAUAAAGUGUAUUUCAGUGGUGUUGUCAAAUGUCCUUUCUCAAAUGUUUUCCUCUCUCACACACACACACACACACACACACACACACAGUGGGAGUGAUCUGUGCUGCCCAGAUGACUGAGGGAGCCUGGUGGAGAGCGCAGGUGGUGGGUUACUAUGAAGACACCAAGGAGGUGGAGCUCCGCUAUGUGGACUAUGGAGGCUAUGUCAUGGUGAAGAUCGACACCCUCCGCCAAAUCAGGUGACACACACUCACUGUGGGGAAUCUAAAUAUAACUGGAAUAGGAGUUGACGUUGGAAUUAACCAGUGUUUCCAUUAGCUGGUAAAAGCAGCUUUUGGACAUUUCUUUUGUAUAAUUUUAUUAUGAAUAAUUUUUUUAUGCGUAAAACCAGACCAAAUAAAAAUGUGUCCGGCAGAAAAUAUCCUACUAUCAACAUCCUCUAUCAAUCACAUUGGCUAUUCAUGGACGUUGGUUCAGGUUCUUUCAAUCGCAUCAUCUCUCUACUCUGCCUGUCGGUUUUGAGAGCACGCUCUUGCUAGCAAACUUUCAACAUUGUAUUAACUGGUGCUGGCCAGCAAAGUUUCCCUCACCUGUAAGUCUCAAAUCAAAUCAAAUUUGAUUUGCCACAUGCGCCGAAUACAACAGGUGUAGACAUUACAGUGAAAUGCUUACUUACAAGCCCUUAACCAACAAUGCAGUUUAAGAAAAAAAAAAUAGCAAAUAAUUAAAGAGCAGCAGUAAAAUAAAAUAACAGUAGGGAGGUUAUAUACAGGGGGUACCGGUGCAGAGUCAAUGUGCGGGGGCACCGGUUAGUCGAGGUAAUUGAGGUAAUAUGUACAUGUCGGUAGCGUUAAAGUGACUAAGCAUAAAUAAUAAUCAACAGAGUAGCAGCAGCGUAAAAGAGGGGGUUGGGGUGGGGUGGAGGGGGCAAUGCAAAUAGUCCGGGUAGCCAUGAUUAGCUGUUCAGGAGUCUUAUGGCUUGGAGGUAGAAGCUGUUAAGAAUCCUUUUGGACCUAGUCUUGGUGCUCCGGUACCGCUUGCCGUACGGUAGCAGAGAGAACAGUCUAUGACUAGGGUGGCUGGAGUCUUUGAUCAUUUUGAGUGCCUUCCUCUGACACUGCCUGGUGUAGAGGUCUUGGAUGGCAGGAAGCUUGGCCCCAGUGAUGAACUGGGCCGUACGCACUACCCUCUGUAGUGCCUUGUGGUCAGAGGCCGAGCAGUUGCCAUACCAGGUAGUGAUGCAACCAGUCAGGAUGCUCUCGAUGGUGCAGCUGUAGAACUUUUUGAGGAUCUGAGGACCCAUGCCAAAUCUUUUCAGUCUCCUGAGGGGGAAUAGGCUUUGUCGUGCCCUCUUCACGACUGUCUUGGUGUGUUUGGACCAUGAUAGUUCGUUGGUGAUGUGGACACCAAGGAACUUGAAGCUCUCAACCUGUUCCAUUACAGCCCUGUCGAUGAGAAUGGGGGCGUGCUCUGUCCUCUUUUUUUUUUUUUUUUCCUGUAGUCCACAAUCAUCUCCUUUGUCUGGUCACGUUGAGGGAGAGGUUGUUAUCCUGGCACCACACAGCCAGGUCUCUGACCUCCUCCCUAUAGGCUGUCUCAUAAUUGUCGGUGAUCAGGCCUACCACUGUUGUGUCGUCGGCAAACUUAAUGAUGGUGUUGGAGUCGUGCCUGGCCAUGCAGUCAUGGGUGAACAGGGAGUACAAGAGGGGACUGAGCACGCACCCCUGAGGAGCCCCCUGUUGAGGAUCAGCGUGGCAGAUGUGUUGUUAAGUUGUUAACUACCCUUACCACUUGGGGGGAGGCCCAUCAGGAAGUCCAGGAUCCAGUUGCAGAGGGAGGGAGGUGUUUAGUCCCAGGGUCCUUAGCUUAGUGAUGAUCUUUGAGGGAACUAUGGUGUUGAACGCUGAGCUGUAGUCAAUAAAUAGCAUUCUCACGUAUGUGUUCCUCUUGUCCAGGUGGGAAAGGGCAGUGUGAAGUGCAAUAGAGAUUGCAUUAUCUGUGGAUCUGUUGGGGCGGUAUGCAAACUGGAGUGGGUCUAGUGUUUCUGGGAUAAUGGUGUUGAUGUGAGCCCUAACCAGCCUUUCAAAGCACUUCAUGGCUACAGACGUGAGUGCUACGGGUCGGUAGUCAUUUAGGCAGGUUAUCUUAGUGUUCUUGGCACAGGGACUGUGACCGACACAGAAUUGUCCACCGAGGAGUAUUUAGAUCGGUGUUUCCAAACUCCAGUCCUCCAGUACCCCCAACAGCACACACAGCCCCGGACAAGUGCACCUGAUUCAACUUGUCAACUAAUCAUCAGGUCCUCAAUGAGUUGAAUCAGGUGAGUUUGUCUUACAACAAAAUUGUGUGCUGUUGGGGGUACUCGAGGACUGGGGUUGGAAAACGCUGAUUUAGAUGUAAUUUUGCUUCCAAUGCCUCAUCGUGUAGUUGGCUUAAAAAUACUUAAACUGCAAAUCAAUCUAGCUAACUAGCUACUGUACCAAGGAUGGAGGCACAGACAAGUGGGAAAAUAGAUCGACACUGAAACAGAAUAUUUACAAGCCAGAUGGACAGAGACGUGCAUUUUGCAAGGAGCCAACGUUCACUUGGUAGGUUAUCAUUCCUCCUUGCAUAAUUAUUGUAGUCACUUCCAUGUGGUGUCAAUUAAUCGGCAGUGGGUAGUCCUAAAAAAAGCAUUACCUUACACGUGACCGCAUUUAGAAGGGUUCCUAUUUGAUAUGGCCUGUAAAGCUCACAUUUGAUCUGCAUAUUUUUUUCCUAAUGGAAACGUGGGGAUUGACAGUGGGAUUGACUGCUGUUGAUGUUCUUCCUACAGAUCUGACUUUGUGGCCUUGCCUUUCCAAGGGUCUGAGGUGAUCCUGGAAAGUAUUGCACCCCUUCCAGGUAUGUUUCAGCUGUAUUUAUGAAAACAGAAUAUCAAAAUGUUGUCAACAGUUUAAACUCUGCAUUUAAACAUGAAUUCAAGUUAAUGCUCUCAUCACUGCGAUAUCUCUUCCCUUUCUACUAGGAGAAGAAGGGUUCUCCGCUGCAGCCAAAUCUGCACUGGAGGAAAUGACACGAGGAUUGCCACUACUUGCACAGGUAGAGAAAAGAGAAGUGCAUGGAUAUGUCUCCCUCUCCUUCUGCUGGUGUACAGUCAGCACAAUGACAUAAGGAAAGGUUGUCGCUGUUCUUACCCUGUAUAUCUGCACACUCUCCAGGUCACAAACUGUCACACCAGUGGCAUUCCUUUGGUACAGAUAUGGAAAACCGAAGGAGAAGAGGUAUGCCAACUUUUUUCUUUUCUUUUUGGAAACAUGAAAGCAUCCACUCUGUAAAUAUGUGUAUGUUAAACCGCUUAAUUUAUAAAAGUAUUAUAAUGGGUUCAUGUUGCUAAUGUUUCUCUCUUGGUCUUUCAGUUGGUGUCUGUGAACCGUGCUCUG